AUGUUCAGUCCAGAUAUCCUGUAUUUAUCCGCGAUUCUAGGCGUCACAACGGUAUACGGUGAAACAUCGAUGACUAGCACAACUCAGUUCACAACAAUGGCGAGUUCAAGCACAGCAGCAGCAACAGAUAUUGUGUAUGGCAGUACAGACAACAGCUCACAAGUUGAUGAUAACGACGCUGGUUACACAUCAUUUAAUUUAUUGGAUAAAAUAACAUAUGCGGGUUACAUCAAAAACGUUUCAAUCAACUUUCAUACGGCACCGACACCUAACACUCCACCAUUACUUUAUGUAUACAUUCUUUCAGCUACAGCAAGCACAACUAUGUUCACUGUUAAUCAGCAAUAUAUAAUACCAUCAAAAAGUGUAACAAAUCAAACCGGCGUACCACAAACAUUUCAAAUACCCAUGUAUCAAAUUAACGUUACAGCUAAUCAGUUUUUAGCAGUAGGCUUUGGCGCAGGUGCUGGAAGUCCAUAUCGUGUUUCCAAUCGAAUGGAAUAUUAUGUAUCCGCCACUAAUCUUUCCUCCCUUGUAAAUAACACCUCACAAUGGGCACCAGCAGCUGGUUAUGGUAUUGCCGUAUCAUUCAUUGUGACGUCAUCACAGAUAAUGACAACAGCAACAGGAGCAGGUUUCGUAUCUAUGUUAUAUAGCCUUAACACUCGUAUUCUGAAUAAAGGAAGGAAUCACCCAUAA